AUGGCGGAUAAAAUGGCGCGAAGACGUUUGAAUCCCAAGAAAGUAGAUAAAAGUGUGAUAGAUUUACAAGAAAUUAUUGAGAAGUAUAUCUGGUCUACAGCCUACUCUAAUGAAGUUGGGAAGAUGAAAGCCUUCUUUACGCCCAAAAAACUUUAUGAUGUGGAUAUCAAGUGGACAUUCUUAGACAUUAAGCACUCGACACGAGAAAAAAUUCGAAAUGACGGCACGGAUUACGUGGUAACAAACGAUAAACGACGAAUUAAAGAUCAUUCUAAAGUUCUAGGGAAACCAGUAUCGUUGCAAAAGUCGCAUUAUGAAAAUGACACUAAAAAGUCACAAAAAUUUGCAUUUAGUUGCAAACGUCAGACGAAAGCGUCGACGUCAUUUUCGUUUCAGGAGACGUAUUCGAUUGGGGGCGAGGUCAAAGUGGAGGUCAAAGUUCCCGGUGAUAUUUGUUCUGUGAGUGCCGGGUCAGAUGGAAGGUUUACCAUCACCGAAGGGGAGACGCAGACAUUUGAGGACACCCUGGCCUGGGACGUGAACUCGGAAAUUAUUGUAAAGCCGGGAGAAAUGAUGGACGCUAAUCUAUUGGUGCGUGAAAAAACGACCGUAGCCGAUUUGACGGUGACGUCUGAAAUUAAAAUGAAGGAAGGAAAAUUACCGUACGUCAUCAGACGAAAAUCCGACAGAACAAUUAUGCUUGUGGGAGAACUGACGAACCUCGAAGCACCAUUCAGGAUCCAUCCUUUAUUCAAGGACAAGAAAAGGAUGAUGUUCAAAAACGAUGGACAGUUAAUGAUCCUUAAAUCUCGUGGCACGUGCAAAUCAGUGUCGUGGCUUCAACAAGAUAUCGACAUCCACUCAAGUAAAUCUAAAAAGAAAAGCGACACCUCCGACAAAGACAAUGGCGAACCCAUGACUAAAGAUGAUGAUGAUGAUGAUGAUGAUGAGGCCAUUACGGCAGCUCCUGAUGGUGGCGAUGAUGAUGAUGGCGACGACGAUGAUGAUGAUGAUGAUGAUGACGAUGAAAGUGAUGAAGAUAAAGACGAGGAUAAUGAUGAAGAUGGUGAUGGCAAUGAUGGAGAAUGA